AUGCAAGGGUGCAGCAGGGUUUAUUCUUCUUCUUAUCUUCCCAGCCCGGUGUACUGCAUCUGCUGCAGCACAUCCACAGAGGAGCAGCAAACAGCAGUUCAGUCGGCGCUGCAGCAGCCUUCUGUUGCUCUCUGUGCUUGCUGCCCCUCCUGCUCCUGGCAGCAGCAGCAGCAGCAGCAGCAGCACGAAGAACAGCAGGGACAAGACCAGCAGCAACUGCUGCACCAGCAGUCGCAGCCGCAGCAACACGAACUGCAGCAGCAAGAACUGCAGCAGAUAGAACUGCAGCAGCAACAAUCCCAGCUGCAGCAAGAUGUGCAGCAGAUACAGCAGCAGGAAGAGCAGCAGCAGGAGCAGCAGCAGCAGGAAGAACAGCAGCAGCAGCAGCAAGAGGAACAGAAGGGUGGGCUGCUGAGCGGCGUUGCUGCCUGGUUCAGCAGAUGGCCUGUUGCUGCUGCUGCAGCAGCAGCAACGCCAAGAGAGGCUGAAGCUGAGGAGACAGCAGCAGCAGCAGCAGAGACAGGAGCAGCAGCAGCAGAAGCAACAGAAGAAGCAGCAGCAGCAGCAGCAGCAGCAGAAGCAGCAGCAACAGUGCGAGCGUGUGAAGUGCGGCGCCCCCAGAAGAUGCCGCCAGCAGCACUAAGCAGCAGCAGCAGCAUUCCGUUUGUACCUAUCAAGCUGCGAGUAUUGAGAGCAAAGAAGGAGAAGGUUGUUGCUGCUGCUGCUGCUGCUGCAGCAGAGCCGUGGCUGUCUCCCAGCAGCAGCCCAACAGCAACACCCCGCAGCGACGGAGCAGCAGCAAUUCGUUUCGUUGGCUGUCUCCCAGCAGCAGCCCAACAGCAACACCCCGCAGCGACGGAGCAGCAGCAAUUCGUUUCAGAGGCCUCACAGGACUCGCAGCAGACUGCAGUUACUAUCAACUUUCAGCACAAGCCAUCGCUGCAGCAGCAGCAGCUGCAGCAGCUGCUGCUGCAGGAAGGGGAAGCGGAACAGCAGAGGGGGCUGCAGCUGCAGCAACUCAGCAUGCAGCAGCAGCAGCAAAGAGAAAAAUACCGCCAAUUGAGCCAAAUGGAGCAAGAGCUUCAGCUGCGUCUUCAGCUCAUGCAGCAGCAGCAGCAGCAGCAGCAGCAGCAGCAGCAAGUGCUGCUGUCUCCCUCAUGUUCUGAACGGUCAGUAUUGGGGGGCAGCGGCGUCUCCUCACGGGCGCUUGAGACUGCAGCAAGAGCAGCAGCAAAGGUAGCAGCAAGACGCGAACUCGCAGCAGCUGCUGCUGCAAAAGCAGCAGCAGAAGAAGCAGCAGCUGCUGCUGCCGCAGAGGCUGAGGCGGAGGCAGCAGCAGAAGCAGCAGCAGCAGAAGCAGCAGCAGCAGAAGGCAGCAGAGCGACCUCAAGGGCUGCUGCUGAAGAGACAGCUCAAGCAGAAGCAGCAGCAGCAGCAGAAGCAGAAGCGGAAGCAGCAGCAGCAGCAGCAGCAGCAGAAGCCGAAGCAGAAGCAGCAGCAGCAGCAGCAGCAGCAGAAGCAGCAGCAGCAGCAGCAGCAGCAGCAUUUCAGGAGCAGCAAGAGCAAGAGGCAAACAGGAGGAAAGAGAGCGAAAUACAGGAAGCAGAUCUGCUGCUUGAAAGCAGCAGCAGCUGCUGCUGCAGCAGCAGCAGCAGCUGCUGCCCUGUCCAUACACCCGAGGAUACUGCAGCAAGACAAGCUGAAGCAGCGAGACAGGUCACCUGCUGGCUCACCAUGAAGGCCUCCUGUCUGGGUUCUUCCUGCUGCCAGAAUGAGCAGCAGCAGCAGCAGGAAGAGGAGCAGCAGCAGGAAGAGGAGCAGCAGCAGCAGGAGCAGCAGCAGCAGCAGCAGGAGCAGCAGCAGCGUCUCAUCAGCGCCGGCAGCAGCCGCUUAUCGUUGACUGCAAAUUCAGAAAAUUUCCUCACCACAUUCAAUCUGAACCCUGAGCAGCAGCAGCAGCAGCAGCAGCAGCAGCAAGAGCAGGAGCAGCAGCAGGAGCAGCAGCAGCAGCAGCAGCAGCUUCCCAGCUGCUGCUUCUCUCGGGGAGCAAGAUCUGGUGGCAGCAGCAGCAGAUCUCUGCCUGCUGUGGUAGCGGAACUCAGCAGCAAAGAAGCAGCUCCAACAGAAGCCUCAGGCAUGCAAUACAUUCUGCUGCAGCAGCAGGAGCUGCAGCAGCAGCAGCUUCUGCUACAGCAGCAGCAGCUGCUGCAGCAGGAAGAUCUGCUGCAGCAGCAGCAGGUUCAGCCAGCAGCCUACGUCAUCAUGGCUCCUUGGGGGGCCCCCUUGCCAGAGGGAGAUGGCUGUACCCUCGAGGGCCCCCAUAGGGGCCCCCGUAGGGGCCCCCUUGAACCCUAG